AUGCUGGCGAUCAUGGAUCCUCCUCGCGACGAUGUCCCGGAUGCGAUUGCGAAGUGCAAAGACGCUGGUAUCAAGGUGUUCAUGGUCACGGGUGAUCACCCCUUGACGGCUCGAGCGAUUGCCACAGAGAUCGGACUACUGGAUGACUACGGCAGCGUACUGGAGUUGUUGACACCCACUCCGGUUGAUAACCUCCCUGUGGAUUUGGAUACGUACGAUGGCGCAGUCGUACACGGCGGGGUGAUCAAUUAUCUGUCUGACGAAGAUCUGAAGACUAUCCUACAAUUGAAAUCUGUCGUAUUCGCUCGAACUACCCCUCAACACAAGCUCCAAAUUGUUCAAGCCAGCCAGGAGAUCGGCGAAUGUGUCGGAGUUACAGGUGAUGGUGUCAACGAUGCUCCAGCUCUGAAACAGGCCGAUGUUGGCGUUGCCAUGGGGAUGAACGGCAGUGACGUGGCUCGACAAGCUGCGGACAUCAUUCUGAUGGACGAUAACUUCUCCUCAAUAGUGCGUGGUGUCGAGCAAGGCCGCGUGAUCUUCGAUAACCUGAAGAAGACGAUCGCCUACACGUUGACGCAUCUGUGGCCCGAGAUCAUGCCGGUGGCCAUCAACUUGGCGCUCGGAAUGCCUGCCGGUAUGACGUCGUUGCAGAUCUUGAGUAUCGAUCUUGGCACCGAGUUGGGCCCCGCCAUCUCCAUCGCGUACGAAGGUGCAGAACAAGACAUUAUGCAACGUCCUCCACGCGACCUAAACAAGGACCGUCUCAUGUCUAAGUCGCUGCUGAUCUACGCGUAUGCUGUCGCUGGAAUGAUCAACGCGGCUGGUUGUUUAGUUGCUUACGGUACCGUCUUCUGGCGCAACGGAGUGUCGUUCUCGGACUUGUUCAUGAGCGCCGAUGACUACUGGACAGACGAUGCCAAGACUUUCUGCACUGCGGACGGUGAAUGCUUCGACGAAGAUGAGCAGCUGAACUUACUAGAGGAAGCGUGUGGGUCAUGGUACAUUGCACUGAUCGUGUGCCAGUUUUUCCACAUCUGGGUGGCCAAGACUCGACGCACGUCCGUGGUGAAGGCCCAUCCGUUCAAGAACACCAUCACGAUUUAUGGUGCUGCCAUCGAAAUCUUGAUCGUUGUUCUCGUCGUGUACGUUCCUGGCUUCCAGUCGUUCUUCGGCACUGCCGCUGCUAACUACGUACCGUGGUUGAUUGGAUGCGGAACGGGAAUAUUGACGUGCUUGUACAGCGAGACCAUUAAGGCGCUCGCACGUCGUGAAGUUCCAGGACAGGAGCGGUGUCUUAUGCGUUGGCUAGCCUGGUAA